AUGGCCGUUGAGAUUUCAUCGGAAGAGCAGCUCCAGAGCAUAAUCAAGGCAGCUCAGAGCAAGCCCACCAUAUUCAACUUUUAUGCUACUUGGGCUCAACCAUGCAAGGACAUGAACGAUGUCUUUGAUGAACUGGCCGCCAAGUACCCUGCAUUGUCCUUUGUCAAGCUCGAAGCAGAAAACUAUCCCGACUUUUCAGAAGAGCAAGAGAUUGCUGCUGUACCUACCUUCAUUCUCUUCAAGGAUGGAAAGCCAAUGGAUAGGGUAGAAGGUGCCAAUGCUCCCAUGCUCAAAUCAACCGUCGAAAAGUAUGGAAAGGCUUCGGCAAAUGCUACAAAGUUUAUACCUCCACAACUAGCUGCAGUUGAUGGUGUCGCUCCCUUGACGGGUGAAGCUCUCGAAAAGAGAUUGAAUGAGCUCGUCAACUCUCAUCCUGUUAUGCUAUUCAUGAAGGGAACACCACAACAACCACGCUGCGGAUUCAGUCGCCAACUAGUAGAACUCCUAAACUCUCUCGAAACUCCAUACGGCUCAUUCAACAUUCUCGCUGACGAAAACAUCCGAAACGGUCUCAAAGAAUUCUCGAAAUGGCCUACAUUUCCACAGCUAUACGUAAACGGCGAAUUCAUUGGUGGUCUAGACGUCGUAAAAGAAAUGGUGGAUGCAAACGAACUCCAAGCUAUGCUGCCCAAAGAAGAGCCACUAAACGACAGACUAAAAAAACUUAUCAACAAGGCUAAAGUCAUGCUAUUCAUGAAGGGUGAUCCUAGCCAGCCUAAAUGUGGGUUUAGUAGACAGAUUGUAGGGAUUUUAAAUGAACAGGAUGUGGCAUUCGAGUCGUUUGAUAUCUUGACGGAUGAUGAAGUGAGGGCUGGGUUGAAGGAAUACAGUAAUUGGCCCACAUAUCCGCAGUUAUAUGUCAAGGGCGAACUCAUGGGUGGGUUGGAUAUCGUCAAGGAGAUGGUGGCUGGUAAUGAAUUCAAGUCUGCUGUUGCUUGA